AACGAAUCGUUGACCCUGCCUUGCGCCUAGCAAGGAAGAGGCGCACGCAAAUGGGUCCCGUUUUCUGCCCUAGUUCCAGUCCCACAGAUGCUGGGUGCGGGAUUGCUCGUACUAAUUGAGCAUUCGCCCGUAUGGGGAGUCGUGAACAUAUCAGCAUUCGUUACUACUCUUCUUCUUAUUUGCCACUUUACAGACUCCAUUUCUGUGAUUAUAGUCUGCUCUCUGUUGUAUCGCUAUUUCAAUAGUUUCCUACGACGUACUCCUGUAUUACAGUCUUGCUACUUGUACUCAGGCCCGAGUGAUUGCACCGCAUAACGUGGACAUUGUUGGGGGCCGUAUCAGGAGGCUCAGGAGGCUUUCACUCAAACAAGCAUUUUUUCCAGUAACCCCAGGAAACAUUUUUACUUCGCUAUAGGGUCUGUUUGCUAUUUAAA